UUCAACUUCAGACGGAUCAUAAUCCUUAAGACUUUGCAAAUAUUAUCGACCUGUAAAUCCUUUAAAUACGACUAUCGUAAUGAAAAUUUAAUCAUUUGAUAGAGCCAUGUCACGACAAUCGGUAGUUCUAUCGUUUCUCUUUUGUUUUUUAUUCGUUACAUUAAACAGCGUAACGUCUAAAGUACUUCCCCCAUCGUUAUGGGCAAGCUAUCCUUCAAAAUCAGUUUAUUCGAGAUCACUUGGACCACUUGUACCUGGGUAUAGUACAAUAAACGUACCGUAUAUGUCCAAAUCACCACUUUUUCCUAAAUUCGUUGAUCCGAAAGCUAUGAUCUCUAAAAAGACUGAUUUAUUGAACAAUCUUUUUGGUGGAAUGGAUACGAUUCCCUGGACUGCAGAUAGCUCUAAGUUGUUACCAAAUAGUCCUUUUCAAUAUUUUACGGCGGACGAACAAAGUGAUUCCCCUGAGACGAAAAUGAAUGACAUUGCUCAAUUGUACGAAAUUUCGAAAUCUAAAUCUACGCUACCGUCGCAAGAAACUAAGAGAAGCGUGACCUUGUUCACAAACGAUCCAAAAUCUUCAUUGAAAAAUACAGUGUCAAAUGAUAAAACCGAGCUAAAAGAUUCUAAUUUGUUAAAGAACGAUGACAAUUCAAAUCCCGAGGAUAGUCAAACGCCUGAAAAAGAGAGCAAUCCUAAUGUGAUAAAGGAAUAUCUCCCAGGAAUGUUUCCUCCUGUUGCAAUGGAUCCGUCGAUGUUUAUCGAAAAAAAAUAUUCCUUUUUGGACACACUAUUUAAAAAUCUUCCAACGAGUAGCACUAUUCCUAGUUUUACCGAACCAACACCAAAAAGUACCAUCGUACCACCUGAAUUUUGGAUUCCAAACUCUCUGAUCGUUAGUCCAACGGAAUAUAAUGAAAAAGUAUCGGCGUUCUUGGAUAAAUUAUUCGAGAAUUUAACAUUAAACAAGACUGAAGCUGAGAAUGAAACAUCUUCAGUUUCUGGAACAAGAGCAACAAGAUCAAUCGAAGAUGUAUCGUCUAUCAUCGCUGCUAAAGACGCUUUCGUAAAUACGAUACUAUUGCAAUUAAGUAUUUUAAAGAAUGAAAUGAUCUCGGUUCUAAACGAUACGCUGACUUAUCAAAAAUCUUCAAGCGUACCUUCUCCAAUAUCAAAGAAACCAUUUCUACCAGGUAUGUGGAUGAAGCCAACAGUGGACGCGAUGUUACCUUUGAAACAAAAAAUGGCAUUUCUUGAUCAAAUGUUUGACAUGUUGCUCGAUUUACAAAAGAAUGUAUCUGCAAAUAUUCUAGAAACUGUAAAGUCUGAACUGAAUGUACAAGGUGAUGUUCAAUCGUUAAAUUUAACUGACGAAUCUUUGACAAAUACUGACGAUAGCUUGUUAAAUGAGCUUCUUUUAGAUACCAUUAAGCAAAGUUUGGCACAAAGUGUUCAAUAUCCAGCAGCUGCUUCUAAAGAUGCUAUCAAAAAAGUAGCUCGAUCAUCGCCAAGCACAACAUCAUUUUGGGUUGCUUAUCCGGAAAGUACUCAUACCGUUGCUAAACGACACGUUCCUGAAAAUAAUUUUCAAUAUCCCUUACAAAGAGGAAAUAAAUUUAAUUAUUCAAACAACAAAUUGGAUCCAAGCCAAUCCGCGGAAAUGUUACAGAAAUAUGACAAGGGAGAUACCGAUUUUGAUUAUGAUAUCGAUGGGCAAAGAGAGAAUAUAGAGAAAUUUAAAAGAUAUGUUAAGUGGAUGAAAUAUAUUAUGAACGAACACAAAGAAGGCAAGCAUCAUCAUCAUCAUUAUUAUUAUUAAGUUGUUUUAAGAAUCUAUUAAUAUUAUUAUUAUUAUAUCUCGUAAUUCGAAAUACUAAGUUGAAACUAAAGCUUGUAGAUGAUAUUGAUUCUAUAAAUAAAAUUCUUUAAAAACAGUUAAAAGUAUAACCGUCAGACUUAACUAUUUAUUUUAUUGUAAUAAUUAUUUAUAUUUUGUCCGACGAUCAAUAAUAUUUAUGAAAUAAUAAAAAUGAAAAUAGUCAUGUUAAAAAAAAAAAUAUCACAUAGAUAAUUGAAUUUUUAUUAACAAUGAAUAUUAACUGCAAAUGUAUGUUGAGUAUUAAAGUUUACUUAAUUUUUAUUAUUUCCCUGAAGUAAGUAUGCAAGUAUUUUUCGUUGCACACUUUUCUUAUUUUUUAUCGCUCAUCACAAACAGCUUGUGUCAUAAGAGUAACUUCUGAUGACUACAUUUUAUGACUCUAGGGCAUAAUAACACACACAUAAACGCAAUCCUGCAUCAAGUGCAUUGUUACGUUAUUUUGCAAUCAGCAAUGCAUUGCACGCAGGGUAGCGUUAAUGUGUUAGGAAGCACCGUGACUUAUGACAGAUGUUCUGAAGUUCUUAUUAAUAUAUAGCUUAAUUAUAACUUCGUAGAAAAUUUUAGAAAUAUUGGCAGUACUGGUAAGUACACACAUAACAUAUACAUAACUCUGCGCAUAAUUCCUCUAUAGAAACUAAAGAUAAAUCAAUCUAAAAUAUCGCACUAAAAAUAUGACUGACUGUAGUUUGAUCACAAGUUUUUCUGU